AUGGGCUCAAGCUCUGUAGAGCUGGCCGUCAUUUCAUCAGAUUCAGAACAUGACGAAAACAUUAUCGACUUCGAUGGGCCUAAUGACCCCGAGAAUGCUGUCAAUUGGCCCGCAAAGAAGAAAUGGGCGGUGGUGUUUAUCCUGGCAGCCAUGACAUUCAUCGUUGCCCUUGGAUCCUCAAUCUCCGCGCCAGGCGUCAACGAUGCCAUGGUUGAAUUCCAUAACACAUCCUCCAUCCUAAGCUCCAUGAUAGUAUGCGUCUACAACGUUGGUCUUGCAGCCGGUCCUCUCAUUCUGGCACCAAUGUCCGAAAUGUACGGGCGUCUCAUCCCAUAUCAUGUCACAAAUGUCUUCUUCACGCUCUUUACACUGGGGUGUGCACUGAGUCCCAAUCUCCCUGCGCUCAUCAUCUUUCGCAUGCUCGCGGGAAUGGAAGCUUCUGCCGUGUUGAACAUUGGCGGCGCGACGGUAGCAGACAUGUUCAUCCAGGAAGAGAGAGGGUUCGCCAUUGCAGUGUGGACAUUUGGGCCUCUUCUCGGUCCAGCCGUUGGACCUGUUGCAGGAGGAUAUCUUACUCAAGCAAAGGGGUGGAGAUGGGUAUUUUGGGUUGUCACCAUUGGUGCGGCCGUGUUCACAGUCAUAUUCUUCCUGGUAGUGCGCGAAACAUAUGCCCCGAUUCUGCUCCAACGUAAAGUCAACCGCCUACGACAAGAGACUGGCAACCCGAAUCUCAAAUCUGCUUUGGAAAGCGAUCUCGCUCCUCGGCAACGCAUAAUCCGAUCUCUACGACGACCCUUGGUCCUUUUAUUCGGGUCACCGAUUGUCUUUCUCUUCUCCGUGUUCAUCGCCGUGGUGUAUUCGUACCAAUUCCUCUUGUUUGUCACCAUCCCAAAUGUCUUUGGCAAGUUGUACCACUUCUCCGUCGGCGCCACGGGCCUCGCAUACUUGGGAAUUGCGUGUGGCCUUUUGAUUGGCAAUGCCUUGUUUGGCCAAAUCUCGGACCGCAUCCUGAUGCGCAAGGCGAAUGGGGAAAAGUUAAAGCCAGAGUAUAGGCUGCCGCUGAUGAUACCGGCCGCAUUUUGCAUUCCGGCUUGUUUCUUUAUUUAUGGAUGGACCACCCAGUACCAAGUUCAUUGGAUAGUGCCAAUCUGUGCGACUUCUCUUUUGGGAAUUGGGUUGAACAUGUCCUUGAUGACUAUCCAAGUUUACCUCGUAGAUGCCUAUACCUUGUACGCGGCAUCUGCUCUAGCUGCGACAUCUAUUCUUCGUUCAUUAUUUGGAGCAUUUGUUCCGCUGGCCGGAGGCCCUCUUUAUGAUAACCUCGGCCUGGGCUGGGGAAAUUCUACCCUUGGAUUCGUGGCCAUCGCUCUGAUCCCUGUGCCAUUUCUGUUUGCCAGGUAUGGCGAGGCAAUUCGUACAAACCCUCGAUGGCAACCCAAACUAUGA